AUACGCACUCGCUCAGCUGUAGGUGGCGUUAGGUGUCACCCGCGGCCUCGCCACCAAAACAUCGAGUUUUUCAUGAAUUUUCCGGCGCGAUUUUAUAUGUUAUGAUACAUUUGAAAAGUUAUUUUGAUUCAGAUAUAAGUUGACUAUAGUUUAGUGUUCCCAAAUAAAUAGUAAAUCUGCCAGUAAUCAGUGAAAUAAAUGUGGUAUUAUUGCGCGAACUUGUUGAUUAGCGCGCGUUGGCUUUUGUUUACCACGGUCCAGAUGGCACAGCGUCAAGAUGUAUUAUGGCUCAAAGUCAACCCAACACAAACAUUAAGGAAUCAUUGACAGUGAAAACUAGUUGUAAUUUGAAUAAGGAGGACAGUGGUUGUGAUACUUGCCCUGAGGAGAUCUUAACUGACAGCAAUCUACAAGAUACAGACAGUGAGAGCCAGCAUUCAGAGGCCAGCAAGCAGAAACAGACAGCCAGCAGUCCGGCCACCUUGUCGAUCAAUCUCAGAUCGACUAACAAGAGCAAAGCUGACAGCCAGCUUUUACCUGAUGUCGGAAAAACGGGGACAUCUCCCACCACACAUUCCAACAUGAAAACCAAACAAGCUAAAGAAGAAACUGACAAGAGUAUUGAUGAGGACACCGUUAUAGAACCCAAGACUCGUGCCCGCAAGAAAGCUUCAGAUAUAAAUGAUGAUGACAAGAAAUCCUCUCCUGAGGAGCCUAAGACAUCCAAAGAAACUAAGAAACCCAUAGUCAAACCUAAAGCUGUCGUCAAGAAGAGACCGCUAGGCAUCAGAAAAACUCUAAGAAGCAAAAAAGCUAUAAUUAUCAAGGAAAAAGUAAAAUCUGUUAUAAAGCAAACUGCUAAAAGAGGGAGAAAGGCUGCUAUAAAAAUUAAUCCAGAGGAAACACAAGACAAAGAAACCGUCCCUUUGAUACCUGCCUCUGAAAUCAAGAAGGAGCCGGUUGAAGAUACAACUCCCAACUCAAGGUCCUCGAGCCCCAAGACAGCUGGCAGGAGACAGAGGCUCAGCUCCGACAUGGCCAUGAUGAAGACAAUGCUUAUUGACACUCCAAGUAGCCUGGUGCUGGGGCCACGCACCAGCCCUUACUCUAUGCGCUCUGAAAGAAGCAAUAGUCCACUGUUUGAAGGUAAGAACCUUCGCAGUGGGAAACCAAGGAAAGUCAAGAACAACUUACUGAGUGAAGUUGUUAUCAAGGAACAGAAGAAAAGGCGUAGACUGCAUUCAGACUCUAAGGCUUCAGAUACAGCAGACACUGAGGACUGCAAGAAGUUAAAGAGGGGACGCUCCUGCUCUCGGGAUGGCAGUGAGAUAUCCAAGUGCUCGGACAACACUGAGUCGGACCUGAGCAUGAGUGAGACACUCAAUGACACAGACAGCAAGGAGCUCAACAAAAAACUAGAUAAAUCUAAGACUGACCUAGAUGUAGAUAUUGAAAAUAAUGUACAGAUCUCGACUAUUGAAAAAGUGCCUUCUCUUAUUGUUGACUCUAAAUUAGCUGAAACCAAACAGGACCCCCUGGAGCCUAGCAUAAACGCAAAAGAUAAGAAACUGAGCUUAAACAGAAGUACUUCAUUAGACUCUGACAACAAUAAUAGUAAUAGGAUAAACAUAGAUGAUUUAAAUUCAAAUGAAAUAGAAGAAAAAAUGUUAAUGAAGACUGAUAAUACGCUUUUCGAUGCUCGUAGUAGUAUAUUAACUAGUAUGUCUAAGACAUUCAACUCUAAGGAGAUGGUGAAGAACAUAAGGAAGGCGCGCAGAGGGCGCAAAGUAAUGCAGGCGUCGCGGUCCGCGCCCCCGCCUGCCACGGCCGUCAGCGCUGCCACCGCCGCCACCGCCGUCACCUCCGCAGCCAAGAACUGCAUCCCCAGCACCAUCACCGCCGACCCUGCCGAGGACAAGGUCGAGACCAUUGACACGCUCACCAAGGAGAUCAACGAUCUCAUCAACAACUUAGAUCAAAACAUCGAUGGUGACAUGGAGAUGGUGGCGGACAGCAACGCAACCUCUACUCCUGACCAAUUGCAGACCAAGCCUGCUUCCAAGUUCUAUGGCCUAGCCAAACCCCUGAACAAUGGAGACAAUGUGCCCACCCCUGAGACACCUGUAAAAGACAAAGACAUUAUAUCUCCUAUCAGUAACGAGAACACGCCGUCCAAGAAUGAUGAUGGUGAAAACAUAAGACUACACUAUGAGGAAGAUUCUGUUGAGAAACCUAUAGAUGGCGCCAAACACGAAAUACCUUAUAAGUGUAACACAGUCGCCAGCAUCGACAAGCUCAUGGAUAGACUAAAAGAAUUCGAAGAGUUCGAUAAGAGAAGACAAAUGGAGUCGAAAGCCACUGAUGGUGGUAAACCAAUGAUGGUGACAAAUGAUGUGGUACUUAUACCAAAGUCUGGUGACAUAAAACCACUGAAAGACAUACAAUCUGUUCGCUCUCCUGAAAAACCAAUAGAAAAGGAGAAUGUGUUAAGUUGUUUUGAGAACAACUCUGCUAUUUCAAUAGUCAAGAGAGAUCAAGUAAGAAAGUCCACUGAUGUUGAUUUACCUAACUCAGUCACUCUCAUUAAAAGGAACAGUUUCAGCUCGAGGAAGGAGUCGACAAGUUCUAAUCAUUCACGGGAAGCUGAUGCCAUUAGCAUAUUUGAGAAGUCACUCGGCAAAGAUGUCACGUUAACAGAGAUAAAAAAAUCCGUAGAGAAGUCGGCGCCGCAGACUGGAACUAUGAUAGACCUACAUCAGUUCGCGACGCUACAUCCUAACAACCCGAGCCAGAGCCUGGCGGGCGUCAUGUUAGAUUCCAGCCAGAUAUCUAUAACUCCUCGCAUUUCAGAAUCUAAAAUUAACAAUGACGUUCAAAUUAUUAGCAAGAGGAAAUCGCGGGAGUCGAUGUCGCGUAAAUCAUCAGAAUCUACGGUGGACACGGAAGAGAAGAUGGCGACGAUCGAGAAAAUCAAGUCUCCGUCGCACCACAGCGUGUCGCCCGCCGUGUCCAUCACGCCGGCGCCCGUCGCCAUCAAGUCCCCUGAAGCAGCACCUGUAGAGACUGAAGCAUUGCCCCCACCAAUAGAAACCAUGAAGACUAUUGAGGAUAUUUCUGCAUCAGAGGUACCUAAGGUGGAGGAAGCAACUAUUGUUCCUGAAGCACCCAAGGAAGAGGAACUGAAGGUCGAGACUGCUAUUGUUACUAAGACUGACACUCCGGCAGAGACAGUCCCCACAGUGCCUACUCCGUCUGAACCAGAAGCUAUGGCAGUUGAAGAAACUCCUGCAGAAAAGCCGGUUGAGACUAAAGAGGCACCUGAGGACAAUAAGACUGAGACAGUUACUGAAGCCAAGCCGGUGGAGCAGGAAGUGAAGCCAGCUAAGAGUCCGAAACCGAGUAAAUCAACGCGCAACUCAACUGAGUGCCAACCAGGACCAAGCAAUGCCUUGAAUGAAACACCUGAGAGUCAAAAGCGCAAGGAAAAUGUGCUCAGAACUCUUGGCUUACUUACUCACAAGGCUGCCAAGGAGGCGAAGAUUGAAAAGUUAAGAGAAAAGGAGAGGAUAUAUGGGUCUAACUAUGGUGGAAUGAUGUCUAACAAGAGUAAGGCUGCGAAGGCACAGGGAGACUACACUGGUACUUUGAAAACUGUGAUAAAAUUGAACAGAGGGGCGGGAGACAAGAAGAAGCACAGGAGUUCCCUGAAGAUGACCUUCCAGAAGAGCAAGUACCGGUCCGGGAAGCCGACGCCGGAGGUGGGCGAGGCGGCCGCGGAGGAUGACGCCUACUACACCAUUGAGCGGCGCGAGGGUGCUCCGGGCGCGACCUCUGACGGUGGGCACAGAAAGUCUCAUUACAGUAAUCGUCUUAACAACCAUGACACAGAGGCUGCCCCGGAGCCGGUGGAGCCGAAGGAGACCUUGAACCUGGUGAUCCCGGAGAAGGCGUCCUCGUUCAGCAUCCACCCUGGCCGGCUGUGCAUGGACCAGUGCUUCUACUGCGGCGGCAAGUUCGGCCUCUUCGACACACCCUGCCACAUCGCACAGAUCAAGAGCUCUGAACGACAGAAGAAAGUUUUGGACAACGAGGAGAAGUUGACGAUAGACAGUUGUCUGUGCGACGCGUGCUACCGCCACGUGGACCGGCGCGCCAACUGCCCGUCCUACCGCAAGCGGCCGCUCGGCAAACAGACCAUCGACCCGCCCAUCACAUCGCUGCACAACACCCAAACAGAGAAGCCCCCGAGUCCGCCAGUGGAGGAGGACAGUGAGGAGGAGGGCGGGGCCCCCGUGGUGAACUCGGGCAGAGUCUCCGUCUGUCACACGGAGGGCUGCACCCUGGUCGCCGACCACUCCAUACGACGCAAGUGGCUCAUCAAGAUGAGGAGCAGUGUCAACAAACUGUUGAAGUUGAAGUGCGACUACCCGGGUCUGCACACGAUCCCGCUGUGCGGGGAGCACUACCGCGCGCUGGGCCCGCUCAUGGCCUGCGUGCUGUGUCGCCGCCGGAUCACUAAACACCACAACGUGCACUUCAUACACCAUGGCUACACGGAAUUGAAUCCGUUCCUGAAGGCCGCCAGCGUGCCGGUGGAGUUCAACGAGCGGCCCGUGCUCUGCAAGACGUGCCGCUACUACUGCACCCUGCUGCAGCGCCCCGGACAUAACGACGCGUAUGCGGCUGCCUAUCGACGCAAAUUACUACAAAUCUACAACAUAGAAGUACCACCGACAUCAGAAAACGACACAGAAGAGACACAAGACGACAGCAAACUCAAAAAGAAACCCAGACCCAAGUCCAAACAGAGGAAGUCCACGGAACCUGACAAAGUGGACAGUGAGUCCUCAGAGAGGACUAAUGAGAGUACUCCCGAGAAGGACAAGGUGAAAGAGGACAGCGAUGGCAAGGAACAACCUAUUGAGGAGGACAUAGAGAGCCUGAUCUCCUCAAACAAGAUCCUCGUACCCAACGCCAAGCCCAAUGACCCCAACCAUCAAAGCGAUGGCUCCGAGGCAGACAUGCAAGACAUGGAGGCUCCCAUCCUACCCAUAGACAAACAAACAGAACUACAAUACUUAUUACAAAAACAGAAUAAUCCCGCACAGUUCCUCCCCAAACCAAACCUCACAGGGAAACAGAGGAAUAUUCUGAAAGUACACAACCUGUCCGGUAUCCAGAAACCAGGCAGCCAACAGAGAAUACUAGAGAAGAAUGCCAAGAGGAUACACAAACUGGGACAAGUCCUCACACAGAAGGACAAGGCCAAGAGUGACAAUGAGGAGGAAAGAGUGAAGGAUGGCAUUCCCAUACUCAAGAACAUCUCUUUGAAUGAAGAGUGUACCAUAGAGACUAUCCCUAACAAGAGACCUGCUGACAUAAACACUCUGAAGAACAAGUGGCAGAUGUCAGAGAGCUUCACCCAGGUCAAGAAGAACCUGAGUGAGUUGUCCAAGAACAAAGACCACAAGAAAGGAUCUGAGGUCAGGUACUCCAACCCUGUGAAGAGGCUGGAGACUAACCCGUCGAUAUCGGUCCGUGAACUGUUCCCGGGCGAGGAGGAGAUGAACUUACAGUGUAACAUAGAGUUUAACAACGUGAAGGGAGUGACUCCUGAAGGAUGGGAGAAGUGCAACACUAUGAUCCAGUAUGACGUGGAGACCAAGAAGCUUUGGAAUGAGCUCCAACGGCCGUACGGCAACCAGUCGUCGUUCCUACGUCACCUUAUUCUGUUAGAGAAAUAUUUUAGAAGUGGUGACCUGAUACUAUCGCAUAACGCGUCUCCUCACGCGGCCACGUACAGUGACUCCGUACAGAGCAGACUGCGCGCGUACGACAACGUGGUCACCGACGCUCCCAGGCGCAGUGAGCCCGCGAUAAGCCUGAUAGAGUUUAGGAAGAAGCCAUCACUCAAUGGCAAGAGUUUAUUGAAAACUAGCCAGAGCGAAGGGGAGAAAGAGACCAAUAAGAAGUUUAUGCCGCCUCCCGGGGUGCUGCCCAAGCAGAAAUCGAAGGGAGACAAGUCCAAGUCGAAGCCCCUGCCUCCCGAGCUGAUUGCUAUCAACACCCCGAACGCACAGGGCCGCAAGGCCAUACAGAACGUGCUCCACAACAUACAGCAGCUCGUGAAGGGAGUGUCGGCGUCCGACCCCACCGAGGUGGCGGCGGCCCCGCUGCCCCCGCCGGCCCCGCUGCCGGCCACUGUCACGGCGCUGCCCGCGCCGGCCCUGGGCCCCGCCCCGGCCCCCGCGGUCCCCAAGUACGAGCCGGCCGUCGUCACCCCCGCCAAGGAGAAGAAGGACAGUACUAAAAAAGAAGAAACGCCUAAGAAACCUAAGACUACCAGCAAACCAUGGAGACCUACACUCAUGCCUAUCACGCCGGAGAAUCUGGCGAAGAUAGCUCGCGAGCCGACGCAGGUGGCAGUGGACGGACGCACCCUGCCCAGCCUCGUGCAAGUGAUGUCCUCGGGCAAGCGGUACCACAUCACGCUACAGGACUACAACAAGAUGUGCAUCAUGCGCAGGGAGAAACUGCAGCAGAUACAGGACGGGGAGAAGACCAAGCGACAGUCCACGGAGGAGAACUCCGUCGUCACCGACAUCCAGCCCUCCAACGCACAGUGCGCCAUGCUGGGCAACGGGGGCACCGUCGUGCAGAACGUGGCGCCCGACGACAAGGCGCACGACAAGAAGGACGCCGACAUCGCACAGAUCGGCACCAACGCCGCCACCAUACUCAAGAACGUCGGCCUCAAGAACAUCACCAUCGCGCCCAUCCCGCAGAAGACGGCGACGGUGACGUCUGGCACGGCGGCCCCGGCGGUCGUGUCGUCGGCCUCGCUACUGGUGGGCGCGGGGCUGAAGCUGCCGGCGCUGGGCCCCGCAGUGUCCAUAGUGAGCGAGGCGGGGCCCGCGCUGCCGAAGAUCCCGCGGUCGCUGACGGUGAUCCCGCAGGGCCCGGCGGGGCUGACGGGCCCGGCGGGGCUCGCGGGGCUGGCGGGGCUGGUGCCGGCCACGGAGGCGCCGCGCCCCUAACGUCGGCGCCGCCUGUACGUGCUCGUGUCUCUCGGGCCCGACUGACGCCGCGACCGAACGUUUGCAUUAAGUGAAAGCACCUGAAAAGCCUUAAUAAUUAUACUGUGUAUAUAUUAGUGUAGUGACGGACAUUGUGCUGUGAAAAUGGUGACAAGGAAUGUGUUAAAUAUAUUACUCUGAAGGUUUUUAAUUUUUUCUUUUCAUUUUGUGCAAAUGAUGCGAUGGUUUGUGCUGAUCCUGUAGGUGUCAAGCUGACACAUGUCGUGCAUGCUACCGUGCUCACAGACUCACUUGUGUGAUGUACUUGUAGCUGACACAGAUUAUGGAGUAUAUUCGUUAAGGUAUAAUGGACUGCCUUUUAGACUCAAUACUUGUGUAGCUAUGAUCUAAAGGGAGCAUUACAUGUCCGUCUCAAUGAGAGAGUACUCUAUAUAAGUAAUGACGCCAUGUAGGGACAUAAUAUAAUAUGGUUUUUGACAAAGAAAACAAGAUUAACUUGGUUAAUACUAAUUUAUUAUAAGUUCAAAAGAGGCCUGCUUACAUAUUAGUUACUAUUUAUAAUCAAACCUGACUAUUAUACUAAAACUAUAGUUCCUUGCUGAGAAAUAUUCAAAAUUCUCUAGUCAGGUGAGAAUAUGCAUUUAUAAUUUAUUUAUUUAGCCUUCCAUGCCAUGUUGGAGGACAGGAACUUUACCAUAUUAUUAACAUAAUAAAGAAAACAUGCCUUUGUGUCACACUGUGCUAUUUUAAUCUUCAAAAUGUUAGCAAUAGAGUGUAGUUUACAUUGGAAUGUGCAAGUCCUUGAAAGUAAGGGCUGAUAGAAUCCAAUUUGGUACAGACACAUGUGUAAGUUAUGUGCAAGAUAUAGCACAUUCUCGGUAAGGCGUCAACCGUAUGACGUAGCAAUAAGGGUGGUGUUACAGUGUGCCGAGCCCUCGUCUGUGUCCUAGGCAACUGUAGUCGUGUCCUAGCUCGCUAGCUCGCCACUAGCUCGCCGAUGUAGGCGUAGGAAGGAUGGCGGACGCCGCAUCACCUCGUAUCAUUCGCAUGAACCUAGACAAUUAUGUAAAGUAAUGUAUAGCGUAACUUUGUAAGAAUAUCACUCGGAACAUAUUUUUCCAACUGUUAAUUAUAUAUAAGGAUGCAUUAGGAACUCAUUUAGAGCUAAAUCCAAUUAAGUAGAGAUAAAUAAUUUUGGAAUAAUACACGUUUUACAUGUUGAUUUCGUAUGUUGAUUUAAAUUCGUAACAGUAAUAGAUUCAGAGGGACAUUUAGACUUAGUAUAAAGUACAAUCUGACAUGAUUAUUUAUUUAUUCAUCAAUGAUUUCGCCAAGUUUAUGAUUGAUAUUUCAUCGUCUCCAUUUAGAAUGCACACAAUAUUUUUGUGAAUCCAUUAUACAUACUUAUGAUAUAUAGAAAAUAUUUAAGAAGUUGUUAUAAGCUAAUUAUAAAUGUCCCCAUAUAACAAUAACAUUGUAAAAUUAAUGAACAUUAAAUACAAAGUUGGUGAUUAAAUUUGUGCCUGACAGAUGAAUAUAAAAGAGUAUGUAAUCACAUUGUACAUAGUAUAUCACGGGAGCCAAUAAACGGAAAGUUCUGACGAGUUUUAUAUAUGUAAUAAAUAAACUUAAAGCUCUCGAUGAGUGCCCUGCGUUUGUUGCUGUAGUCUCGAUGUUGUGUAAAAGUAUAUUUUUUUAUCAAAGCUAGGUAACAGAUAAUAUUUUUGAAACAGAUUGAAGGUUUAUGGGACUUCGCAACACAAUCUUAAAGCUAAAAUGUAAAAUAUUGCGAGUUCCCUGCGGCCGUUUAUUUGAAAUGCGAAGCGACAAUCAUCGUCUUACAAAGAUUACAACAGUUCAAGAUACGACCAGUCAAUGUAUUCGUCAAAAUCAUGUAACAUGAAAGACAAUUGUUUUAAUGGUAGGUAGUUAAGCUAGUCUGAAACCGUGGUUGUUUACUUGUUGAUAUGUGAACACAAAGUUUCUAAAGGACCAUGUAACAAGCUGGGUUACAUCGUAAGAUAGUGAGAGUCGAUAGUUAAUUUUCACGUUAAAUUGUAUAGUAAACUACAGAUAGUAUGUAUACGCCAGAGGCACUAAGAACCCCGUACUACUACAUCGGCAAACGCAGGGGCAAUGUUAAAACAUGAUAAUUAUAUAUCUAUAUUGUUGAAAUUUAGCUAUUUUAUUUUUGGUCCAACGAUAUAGCUAGGUCCAAUGUUAAAGGUAGUUUCACGAAAAUUUAACGCGAGUUAAGGCGACGUUCCUAACGAUCCAUGCUCACUAUGAGUUACAUACAGUUUCUGAAGGCACGUGGACUGUGAUUGUAUACGCCUUGCUUCCUAACGUUGCUAAUGAACUAAUUGAAUCUCUUUAUCUUUCUGUAAUAUUAAACCUUCGUAGUCUUCCAGUUAGUCUCGUCCGUCGGCUGUCCUCGUGUCGACUGUUUUAGUUAUUUGACGAUAUCUUUAGGUUAAGGAACUGUAAUUUUCAAUUAUGUAGUUGUAAUGAUUUCAAGUUAUUUGCUAGGUAGAGCUUCAACAUUGCUUGUAUCGAUACUUUGUGAUAUCUUCUACUGGCUGGAUACCUGUCUCUAUGUACUGCCAAAAUGAAUAAAAGACCAAUGAAUGUGUUGGACUCGGGAGCUGUAUGUAACUUGCUUCCAGUGUCGUUGGCGCCGCCCUGACUGCAUCAAUGUUAUAUAAAUACUGCUAGUAUUUUAGUAAUUUGGAAGUUCCCCCCGCUGUUGUUAUCAUUAUAAUUUCGUCGAUCAUUUUCUUUAAGUUUUUGAACAAAUUGUAGCCGCCCAUAGCCCGGAUAUUUUGUUUCUUCCAAAGAUAGUGCGUUAGUUCACAAUAUUAUUAUUAUUUUAGUUAUUAUUUGUUCGGCACGCGCCUCGCAUCGUGCCGGAGGUAUGAAUUGUCUAAUAAACAUAUCUUAUCUCCUGA